GCAAGGAGAGCGGAGCCGGACGGGCGACCGAGCUUCCCCUCACAACCAGGAGACAAGCUCAGAGGAAGCGGAGCGUCGUCCUUUCUCCGCUCUGGACCGAAAAGGGAAGCCUGGGUCAGCGGUUGCGGUCGCUUCAUGAAGCAGGGAGCUUCAAGGAUUGUCUAGGCAGCUCCAAAUUUUCAGAGAAGCUGAAAACAUCAAGAGUGUGUAGAAGAACCUUUGAUGUGUCUGCUUCAGGAGGCUACCAACUCAUAAACUGGCACAUUCUCUUCAUCUGUUAAUGCUACAGGAUUUAUGAUGUCUGGGACCGUGGUAAUUGGAAUUGGAAUUGCAGGAUCUUUGCGGAUCAGAGACUUGCUGAAUCCUUUGCCGUCCAGUCCUGUCGAACACCUGAAACUGCUGGGCUUUGUGUCUAGGCGAUCUCUUGGCAAUGUUCAAGGAGUGAAACAAAUAAGUCUUCAAGAAGCUCUGAACAGUAAUGAAGUCAAUGUGGCCAUCAUCAGUACAGAUAACCAAAACCACAGUGAAAGUGUCAGGAUGUUUCUAGAAGCUGGGAAACAUGUCCUUGUUGAAUAUCCCAUGUCAUUGUCUGCAAAGACGGCACAUGAGCUCUGGGGAUUAGCUGAGCAAAAAGGUAAAAUCCUUCAUGUGGAGCAUAUUGAGUUACUGACAGAGGAAUACAAACAAUUAAAGAAAGAGGUGGAAGGGAAGGAACUUGUCAAGGGAACAUUACAUUUCACAGGUGGUCCACUGGAUGAAGAGCGUUCAGGCUUUCCAGCUUUUAGUGGAAUUGCCCGCCUCAGUUGGCUGGUCGACCUUUUUGGAGACCUCACAGUCACUUCUGCCACAAGGGAAGAGCAGAAAGAAAAAAAUUACUCCAGAAUGACCGCACAUUUUCUGACUGCAGAUAAGAGGCCUCUGACUUGGAUUGAAGAAAGGGCACCAGGGAUGAAACGGGAUAAGAUCAUAAACUUCUGUUUCAAAAGUGGGUGCUUGGAGAGGCUUCCAGAUGCCCCCCGUUCAGCUGUUGGCAUCUUCAUGCAAGACCUGAUCCUGUUUGCCAAAAAGUUGCUGGGCCAGAUUUCUAAGGAGGAACUGGCUGCUGAAAAGAGACGAAUUCUGCUGUGUCUUGAGCUUGCCGAAGAGAUUAAAAUGCACUGUGAGCAGCCACAAAACAUCUACUCUUGAAACUGCUUUGGAGUAUUGCAUUAGUCACCUAGAACUGCUGCUUCUUGUUCUCUAUUUUUUUCUCAAAUUUUCCUCUUAUUUGCCAAGUUCCCCAUUAUAACCAGUAAGAUUUUUCUAACAAGUAUGAAACACUCCAAGCAUUCUAUGUUGCUUGCAGGUUUAUUUUAACCUGGCAAAACAAGAUACUAUACAACUAUUACCCCGCCUUCAUGCAUUGAUACCUUUAUAAUCAAAGUCUAGUGAACAAAUGUCCAGAUAGAUUACUUCUGAUAGAGGUGCUAUGGCAGCAGUAUGCCUUUUUGACAGAUUAUAUUUUCUAUAAAAGAAAGGGUUUAUAUGGGUUUCAUCUAAAAAUCCUCCUUAUUUGCACAAUAUGUCUCUGGAUUUCUUUUUUCAGUUUCACACUUAGGGCUUUAUGCUUUUCGAGUUUGAAAUCUUUAUAUACUUUGACUUCUUGCACAUUUCUAACUAUUGUGGGCCUCUUCUCAAUCUAAAAAUAUGGGUGUGGUUAUGCAAAUUGUCCUCAUUUGUGAAAGCAAUUCAUGAUAGCAGAAUGACACUGGAAAUUGUAAUUCUGGGUUAGAUUUUCUUGCUUUACACUUGAGGAAGUUUUUAGUUGAAUCCACGAGUAUGAGUUUGCUAGCUAUUGCUCAGGAUGGAAACGUUACACUGGUAACUCUGUGUGAAUAUUACUGAGAAUCAGAAAAGAGCAUUGCUUGCAGCUCAGGUUUUUUCUUCUGAAAUAUUGGGGGAGGAAUUAUGCAGCCCUCCAGAUGCUGCUAAACUGCAGCUCCCAGCAGCCCCAGUCAGGAUGGUGAUGAAUGCUGGAAAUGAGUGCAGGAUGCUGGGAAUUGCAGUUCAAAGGCAUCUAAAGGGUCAUAUGCUUCUCGCCUUGGUAUGUAACUAGCUGAGAUAAAGAUGUGAGUUGCACAGUGCAAGUAUUCCUAAAACACAUAUUUAUAUUUUAUGUAGUUUGUGACUUGAAGAUCAAAAACUUCUAUAACAGUUUGCUUACUGGCCUUAUGGAGAAAUGAAACUUGAGAUUGCAGGACCAUGUUUUCAUCCUGCUUAUUGCCUUCUUGGAGCUAAUUCAAUCUUAACUUGAAAAGUUCAUAACUAAAGAGUUUUGUGUGAUAAAUUUUGUUUCUGAGUGCCUGUGUGGUGGAAGAUUGAAAUGCCACUUCAGAUACCCCUGAUAAUGUUCUGCUAUUGUGAUGAUACCUGUGCCUGUAGUCAACUUGGCCACUUGCUAAUCCUUAAUAUCUCAAGAUAGAUAUGCAUAAUAAACUCAAUUGUUGGAAGAUUUGAAUUUGCAUGUUUUGUCAGGGUAAUGGUGAAAAAGACUGUAUAAAACACACGUAAACUGUUAAAAUACAAUAGAGCCAGAGUUAAAUUAGAUGUAGCAUGGCUCUCAAACUGGCAUGUAUUGUAUGAACUUGGGGUUAUUUUUGUUAUGUGCAAGUGGCGUGGCUCUGGGAGGUACAAAAGGGAGAGUCAUCCACAGUCCUAAAAUAUACGGCGAGAAGAUCAUAUACCAAUAUUUCUGAGAUUAUGCCUUUCAUUCUGCUUAGUGCUAUGUUCUUUAUACCUACUAAAGGAUUUCAAGGGAUCCUGCGCAAUAUUCUGUACUUGUAAAUGUGCCUAUCUCUUUCUUUUAGCCUUGUUUUCUGUUUUCUGUUUGCUAGUAAUUUUCUGUAAGUAAUCAACAGAAGUUUUUGAGGAAAGUCAAAAAAAGAGUUAUAGUUGGGCUUUUAAACAAAAUUGUAUUCUCAUGUUUCUUUGCAUAUUUCUAAUAAAUUUUGCCAGGCAUGAUGAUUGAAA